AUGCCGUCGCCAGAACAGAAGAACUUGUCACCACUAAGACCAAGUACGUCUCUGGGUGCCCAACCAGGUCUCCGUCGUCGUGGAUCAUCAGUUGGUAAUAUUGAUGUUGGUGACACCUCACCAUCAUUUGCUACACUGUACACGUCUAAGUCGCAAAGAAAGAAGUCGGAUGCCAGAAUUGUUGAAUUGUCGAAGGAGUCAGACUCGGAUGUGGCAAUAGUGAAGAAGAUAGGAGUUGCAUAUCGAGAAAUCACGUACAGACAUACCUGGAUUAAUCCAUUGCUCGUGUUAUUGGCAGCAUUGGGAGCAUUUUUGGUUUCUGGACCAGAUACCAUUAUCCAUCAGGUUUUAGAAGCUAUGAUGAUCCCAGCGUAUAAGAUUGAAGGUUCCGACCAAUAUGGUAAAGGUAUGAACGAUUUCUAUUUUGUUGGAUUUUAUGCGAUUUUUUUCACAUUCUUAAGAGAGUUUUUGAUGUGCUGCGUGUUAAGGCCCACCGCUACUUGGUUGAAUAUCACCAAGGAGGCCAAAGCUAAACGUUUUAUGGAACAAACCUACGCGAUGUUCUACUAUGGAUUUUCUGGUCCAUUUGGGUUAUGGAUUAUGUCUACCUUACCAUUAUGGUUUUUUGAAACAUUACCAUUUUACGAAAGCUACCCCCACAAGACCCAUGAUUUUUACUUCAAGGUGUACUAUUUGGGUCAAGCAGCAUUUUGGGUCCAACAAUCUGUUGUUUUGAUUUUGCAAUUAGAGAAACCUCGUAAGGAUUUCAAAGAGCUUGUAUUGCACCACAUUAUUACCAUUGCAUUGAUCUGGUGUUCGUACCGUUUCCACUUUACCUGGAUGGGCUUAGCAGUUUAUAUCACUAUGGAUGUUUCUGACUUCUUCUUGGCUACUUCGAAAACUUUGAACUACUUGAACUCUCCUUUAACAGGCCCAUUCUUCGUUUUGUUUGUUGGAAUUUGGAUCUAUUUGAGACACUACCUCAAUUUACGUAUCUUAUGGUCUGUAUUAACUGAAUUUAGAAACGUCGGAGAAUGGGAACUUAACUGGGACACUCAGCAAUAUAAAUGUUGGAUUUCCCAACCUAUUGUGUUCUUCUUAAUUGGUGCGUUGCAGAUUGUUAAUGCCUACUGGUUAUUUUUGAUUUUCCGUAUCUUGUGGAGAUACGUUGCUGGUGGUGGUACUAAGGAUGAAAGAAGUGAUGACGAAGAUGAGGAAGAAACCGAGUCUGGUGAAGACGAAACCAAGAAAACCGAAUAA